AUGUGCGAUGUUGUUUUAGGUGCUCAAUGGGGCGAUGAAGGUAAAGGUAAAUUGGUCGACAUUUUAUGUGAUGAUAUUGAUGUUUGCGCUAGAUGUCAAGGAGGUAACAACGCCGGACACACUAUUGUGGUAAAUGAUGUGAAGUAUGACUUCCAUAUGCUUCCUUCAGGUUUGGUAAAUCCCAGGUGUCAAAAUUUGUUAGGCUCUGGUGUCGUCAUUCACGUUCCAUCUUUCUUUGACGAGUUGGAACAAUUGGAGAAAAAAGGACUUCAAGGAAGGGAUAGACUUUUCAUCUCAUCCAGAGCUCAUCUCGUUUUUGAUUUUCAUCAGAGAACAGACAAGUUGAAAGAGGCUGAGCUCUCUGAGACGAAAAAGUCUAUUGGAACUACUGGUAAGGGUAUUGGGCCCACAUAUUCCACCAAGUCUUCUCGGUCCGGAAUCAGAGUCCAUCACUUGAUCUCUCAAGAGCCUGGUGCUUGGGAAGAAUUUAAAGUCCGGUACCAGAGAUUGGUGGAGUCAAGAUACAAGAGGUAUGGGGAAUUUGACUACGAUGUCAAAGAAGAGCUUGAGAGGUAUGAGAAGUACAGGGAGGAGUUAAGACCAUUUGUUGUCGACUCGGUGGACUUCAUGCAUAAGGCAAUGUCUGCAAAUAAGAAGAUUCUCGUCGAGGGUGCUAAUGCCUUGAUGUUAGACUUGGAUUUCGGUACAUAUCCUUACGUUACCUCAUCUUCCACGGGCAUUGGCGGAGUUUUGACAGGGUUGGGAAUUCCACCGCGGAGCAUAAAGAAUGUUUACGGAGUGGUCAAAGCAUAUACCACCAGAGUAGGAGAGGGCCCAUUUCCUACUGAACAGUUAAACAAAGUCGGUGAGACUUUGCAAGAUGUUGGUGCUGAGUUUGGAGUAACGACUGGCAGGAAGAGAAGAUGUGGCUGGUUGGAUCUUGUGGUGCUAAAGUAUUCCAAUGCGAUCAACGGCUAUACGCACCUCAACAUCACUAAGUUGGAUGUACUCGAUACUUUCAAGGAGAUCAAGGUUGGUGUGGCUUAUUCGGUGAAUGGAGAAAAGUUAAGCUCCUUCCCUGAAGAUUUAUUGAAGCUUGCUAAUGUCGAAGUUGAAUAUGCGACCUUGCCCGGGUGGGAAUGUGAUAUUAGCAAAAUCACUGAAUUCGAGGACCUUCCUGAUAAUGCAAAGAAUUAUUUGCAAUUUAUCGAAGACUUUUUGAAGGUUCCUGUGAGAUGGGUGGGGGUUGGUCCCGCUCGUGAGUCCAUGUUGCACAAGAGCUCAUAA